AUGAUUUUCCAGGUACUUUUGGGGUUUCUAACCCUUUCCACUGCUAUUGGUUCAACAGCCAAAGCCAAUGCCAAUGCCAAUGCCAAUACGAACUGCUAUGGUUCAAAUGUGAUUUCAGCACCUUCAGCAGACCAUCGGCCUGUGCCAUGGGAGCCGCCAUACGUCCGUGAGGCAACUCGUUUCAAAUCCACCCGGGCUUCUGUGAACGUUCCCUCGCGCAAUGAGGCCGUCCUCCAACAGGCAGAGCAGCAGGCAGUGCAUAUCGGGGUACCACUGACGAUUGCCCGGGCGGCCAUGGGGGCCAUUCUGAACUCCAGCGUGCCCUUUGAACAGUGCAUUUUCGAUGCCUAUACGGAGUAA